AUGAGCGGCCGCCGGCCUGCCACUGCGCAGCUGCUGCUGGCAAUGGCGCUGUGCUGCCUUGCACGGGCCGCCUGUGCUGCCCAGCCGCCCAGCAUCCUCACCGUGGGCAGCCUGAACUUAGAUGUCAUCGUGGCCGUGGACCGGAUGCCCACCGGCGGCGAAACCAUCAUGGCACGCAGCCCGGCAGCCACCACCGCCGUGGGCGGCAAGGGCGCCAACCAGGCCGUUGCGGCCGCGCGCCUCAGCGCGGGGUCGGGGCGAGCCAGCAAGUUCGUGUGCCAGUUUGGGAAUGACUCCCAUGCGGCGGCGAUGGAGGCAGCACUGGUGGCAGAGGGCGUUGAUGUGUCGCUGAGCGGGCACGUGUUGCUGGAGCCAGACGGCGGCGCCACCAGCAUCGUGCUGGGCGGCUCCAACACAGCCUUCCCCCGGGAGGCUCCCGAGGCUCUGGCGCACCUGAUGGAGGGCACAGGCGUGGUGAUGCUCCAGCGCGAGGUGCCGGAGCACGUGAACGAGGCGGUGGCGGCUGCUGCCGCCAAGGCCGGCGUGCCGGUGCUGCUGGACGUGGGCGGCGAGGACCGCCCCAUUUCGGACGACCUGCUGCCGCUGCUCGACUAUGUGUGCCCCAACGAGUCUGAGCUGGCGCGGCUGACGGGCCUGCCCACUGCCAGCGAGGCGCAGGUGCUGGCGGCGGCGGCGGCCCUGCAGCGCCGCGGCGCGCGCAGCGUGCUGGUCACGCUCGGCCCCCGCGGCUCCCUGCUGGCCGCCCCCGACGGCUCUGUGCUGAGGCAGGAGGCGCUCGGCCUGCCUGGGGCGGCGGUGGUGGACGCCACGGCGGCGGGCGACGCCUUCCGCGCCGCCUUUGCGGUGGCGCUGGUGGAGGGGCGGCCCUUGCGGGAGUGCCUGCGCUUUGCCAGCGCGGCGGGCGGCAUUGCCACCUCACGCAUGGGCGCGGUGCCCAGCCUGCCCGGCCGGCAGGAGACGGAGCAGCUGGCUGCCAGCAGCGGCAGCGGCGGUGGCGGCGGCAGCGACCGGAGUGGCGGCGAGACUGCGGGCGCGGCCACGGGCGCCGCGGCGCGGCCUGUUGCUGCCGGCGGCGCCGCUGCCUGCGGCGUAGGCACCUGCGCCAGCAAGCCGACCCUGGGGCCUGCGGCGAUGCCUGCGGCGAUGCCGCAAGACUGCCCCCACCAGUUUGCCGCCCGGCUCAACUCCAUGAGCGCACGGCGCGACCUGGCGGGCCCCACCGACGGCGCCGACGACGUCCUGGGCUGGCUGCAGCGCCAGGCCCGCAUCCCUGGCUUGUCCCUGGUGGCCUUCAACCACCCGCAGCACACGGCGGGCCACACGCCAGCCCAGCUGCGCGCCGCGCUGGCGGCGGCGGGGCUGGGGGCGGCGGCCGUGGCGCUGCGCUUUCCAGAGGACUACGCCCUGGGCGCCUUCACCAGCCCCGACCCGCAGCUGCGGCGCGCCGCGGUGGCGCUAGCGGCCGAGGGCUGCCGCUGGGCGGCGGAGCUGGGGGCACCAGACCUCAUUGUGGACUACCCAGCCGCCUGGCAGCACGCGGUGGCGGGCUACCGCCAGCUGGCCGACGCCUGCCGUCCCGGGGUGCGCGUCAGCCUGGAGUUCAAGGCCACCGACGAGGCCACCCGCUGGUCGCUGGUGCCCUCCACCGGCGCCGCCCUGCUGCUGGCCGGCCAGGUGGACCGCAGCAACUUUGGGCUCACGCUCGACGUCGGCCACCUGCUCAUGGCCGGAGAGAGCCCCGCGCAGAGCGUGGCGCUGGCGGGCGCCGCGGGCAAGCUUUUCGGCCUGCACCUCAACGACGCGCACGUCAAGCUGGGGGCGGAGGAUGGGCUGGCGUUUGGGUCGGUGGGCGGCAGCGGCGCGCUGGAGCUGGUGCGGUGGCUGCACAGGGUGAAUUACAGCGGGACCAUCUACUUUGACACCUUCCCGCGGAAGGAGGACCCUGUUCGGGAAGCCGCCUACAACAUCCGCCGCUUCAGGCAGCUGUGGGCGCGCGCGGCGCGGCUGGUGGCUGCGGGCCUGGAUGGGUUUGCGGAGCGGCACGACGCGCUGGGAGCACUGGAGCUGCUGGCGGCGGAUGAGGAGCGGGGGGCGGUGGCGCCUAUGAGGACUUGA